UUGAGUUUGGCGCAGCCCCGCGGGCCUGUACAGCUGCACGCAGCAGCCAAUAUACUCAGAACAGCAGCAAAAAGGUCGUCGUUCACCGCUGCGCGAGCCGCGGUGCGGCGACUCUGCAAGAAACGGCAGCGUAACACCUGUUUUGAAAGUCCAGCUUCGCUACAGCACGCUGACAGCAGCGAUGCGGCGCGCGACUGCAGCAGUCCUGCUGCUAGCUACCGCCACCGCCGCCCCACGCAAGCGCAAGCUCUCGCUGCCGCGCCUCGGGUCGAUAGCCACCAAGACCGGCGCGCCGUUCCUGACGAGCCAGCCUUUACUGAAUCUGUUACUCGGUAUAAGAUUGCGCUACGCGAGCUGGGGCGCGCCCGUCGCGCACUGGUGGCCGCGCGGCGGGCCGUCGUCGAAGCGGGCCGAGGUCAUCGACGCCCCGAAACCAGAAACCGACCUGAGGGACCCCGCAAAAACUAUUUUAGUAGUCACGACGGCGUCGGUCCCGUGGCUCACGGGGACGGCCAUCAAUCCUUUACUUCGAGCGGCGCAUUUAGCACAAGCGCGACCGGCGGGCCGGGUCUGUUUAUAUUUACCAUGGCUGGAGCCAGACAAGCAAAAAGAAGUGUAUGGGGACACGGCUCAUUUUAAGACCCGAAGGGAGCAGGCGACGUAUGUCUACGACUGGCUUUGUAACAUCGCCAAGCUGCCCGAGGCCGCCACCAAAUUGAGGAUAGCGUUCUAUGACGCGCACUACCACCGGCCCCAGGGCUCCAUCUACCCCAUGGGUAGGACCGUGGAAGCGCUACGACGACCUGAUUUUACGCGCUACUCUCUUUCUGACAAAGACAUAGGCGAGUGGCGGCCUGAUGCGGUAGUACUGGAAGAACCGGAGCAUUUGAACUGGUACUCGUUCGUCGAAGGUCACUCAUCAAGUUGGCGUUCGUCCACGGAUCAUGUGGUUGGUGUUAUACAUACGCACUACGUGCGGUACGCCGCGACCGAGCGCAUGUGCCCCGGGCCGCUGGGGUACUUGGUACAUCCCAUCGUAGGCCCAUACAAGGCCUGUGCUGCCCUACUCAUGGCGCGGUGGAUGACGAACGGCCACUGUGCGUUUCUUCGGCGUCCAUUGCCCUUCACACGUAGAUCUACAUCGACGCGUCGACGGCGUGGGGACCUGUCGCUCACACAGGCCACCGCAUCGUCAAGCUCUCCGGCACGCUGCCGCGCGUGGGCAACGACGACGCGGAAAUCAUCGCGAACGUCCACGGCGUGCGCGACGACUUCCUGGAGAUCGGAAGUCGUAGGGCCGUGACGCAUCCCUACUCAUCUUCGAGUGACGCUCGUCUGAGUGAUGCGCUCGCGGAGCCUUCAAAACCGCGAACGAAGGGCGCGUAUUUCAUCGGCAAGCUGCUGUGGCAGAAAGGCCUCGGGGAGCUCGCUUCGUUGUUGGUGGCGUCACAGAAGGAGUUCGGCGGUGAUCUGCCAGACGGUGCCAUUCACGUGGUGGGCGACGGGAAAGAUAGAAGGGCCAUUGAAAAUAGAUUCAGGCAACUCAAGGUGCCGUCGGUGUUUCAUGGUCGCGUCGACCAUGCGGACGAGUUGUGUCGGGAUUUCCGCGUCCUAGUAAAUCCGUCGAAGACUGAGGUCUUAUGUACGACCGUGGCUGAGGCCCUCGCGAUGGGCAAGUGGGUCUUGAUAGCGCGGCACCCCUCGAACGAGUUCUUCUACGACUUUCCGACGUGUCUGUCCUUCGAUUCCAAAAAAGAAUUCGCGGAGCAGUUCGCCUACGCGGUGCGCCACGAGCCGCCGCCCCUGUCUCCGAAGGAGCGGCGGCGGCUGUCCUGGGCCGCGGCCACGGAGCGCUUCUGCGACGCGUCGCUCAUGCCUUCAUCGAUACGGUUGCGGUUCCACCAGCGGCUCGCUUGUUUUUUGCACGUCCACUUGGGGCGCGGAUUUCGGGGAGACGUCAUCCGCAGUAUCGCGGGCGCGGGCCUGAGCGUGGGGCGGCAGUCGGCGUAUGUCAGGGCGAAGGAGCGCGCGGCGGCCGGCGGCGACGACGUGCCUGUCGCCGCCGUCAAGGACGAGGAAGUGCCCGAAGCCGCCUAAAUUUAUCAAGUCUA